AUGAACAAUUCAUUGGAUCAAGACUUUGAGGAAUUUAGAUUUUCAAACCAAAACAAAAUUUGUAAAGACGAUGCAGUGGAUGAUUUGCAAAAAUUUGAUAAACAUAUAGAUGAUCAAAAUUCAAUAUUUUCAUUACGAUUUUCGUUAUUUAGCUGUGAAAUUUGUAAAAAACAAUUUGUAACAAAAAAACAAUUACGUAUUCAUAUUCAUACGCAUUUAGGAAGACCACGCAUAGUUUUAAGGAGAGUUACAAAUCUAAAAAGUUUUAAGAAAAAACACAAUAAUACAUAUUGGCUAGAUCCAGAGAAAAAGGGUUCUCUAAAAUUAACAUUAAAAAAACAAAAUUUCACUGAUUCUCUGAAACUUAAAUUGAAGAAAUCAUCUGAAUCAGAAGAUUUUACUGUCGUGAAAAGCAAUAUUAAUUUGGGAACAGAAAAUCACAGUCAAAGAGACGUGGCUGGAGCAAAGGAAAAUGAUCAAAGACAUGAAAAAGAUACAGAAAAUUCAAUUAAUCAGCCGUUUGAAAACGUGAUGGUAGAGCAACAGGAUGAAUAUGGAAAUAUUAAAUUUAAUACCGAAGAACAUAAUCCACUGGAAGAAAAUGAUAGACCACCCAUAGAUGUCAAUGAGGGUGAUUCAGGUGUAGGAAGUGAUAUGGCAAAUCCCUCUGAAAAGGAAGAUCAAAAUGUUGAUGACCUACAAAGUUCAGAUCAAUAUGACAAUUCAGAUAAAAGAUUCUCUGAAACAGAAGAUCAUGAAGAAUCAGAUGCAUUGGAAGCAACAUGUAGAGAAACAAUUGAAAACUUGAAAAAACUUGGUGAACAAUCUGGAUCUAGAUCUAUGAAUCAAUUAAUUGAAAAUUCAGGCAUUGAAGAAGAUGAUGAUAGAGGUCAUGAAUCCAAUAUGAUACAUAAUUUAGAAGAGAAUCCAGCUAUUAGUAUUAUUUCAAAAUCUGCUACAUUUUCAAAUCAUACAACAGAUUGUACAACAGUGUGUGAAGAUGAAGAUAAACCCGAAGAAUCAACAGAAAGCACAGCUAGUUUUAAUUGGAGUCAAUUGUCCACUAAUAUAUCAAAUAAGAAUAAUGAGAAUUCUAAAGAAAAUGAAGAACAAUCAGACCAUGGGGGUGAUAAUAACAUUGACAAUGCUGGAUCUCUUUUACAAAAUUUGAUUGAACAUCAGAGGCAUAAUCAAAAUGAAACAUUAAAUAAUUUACCACCAGAAACUGAAUAUGUUUCUCUUGAAAAGUUAGCUGAAACUGUUAAUACUUGUCGUGUUUGUAAUGAAAAAUUUAAGGAUAUUGCUCAUUUAGAUGAGCACAGAAGCAAAGCUGGACAUUAUCAAUGCAAUAUUCCAGAAUGUAUUAAUCUUAUUUUUAAUUCACCAUUGGAGGUUUCUAUGCAUAAAGCUCAAAUGCAUGGAACGCCUCUUUCUCCUAGCGUGAGCCAGUUAUCUCCUCAUUUAAAUACAAGUUCGCCUCAUUUGAAUCAAAAUUCACCCCAUUUGAGUCAAACAUCUCCGCAGUUAAAUACACAUUCUCCUCAUGCAGUAUCAAUGGAAUCUCCAAAUACACCAAAUUCGCAACAAAUAAAUAGGAAUUCUCCUUUAACUUCUCCGCAUCAAACAAAUUCACCCACAUAUAAUACAGUAGCUAGUACUGGACAGCAAAUAAUACCACCUGUUAAUUUUGAACAACUACCUGCACCUGUUCAACAAUUAGCUCAACAAGUACAACGUAUGCCACUUCCACAAACGCAAAUGCCUCCAAGUCUUCCACCAGGUGCAAAUACAAUGAUCCCUGGUCCAAAUUUUGUACAGCCACCAGGAAGACCACCAUUGUAUAGAGUUCCUGGUCCACAGGGCAUGCAUUAUCCUCCUCAUAUAGCACACCUAUAUCCGCAAUAUGGACCGGGUCCAUAUCCGCAAAUGACUGCACCACCACAAAUGCAUUCUCAAUUGCCUCAACAAAUUUCACGUGGAAGGUAUCCUACUGUUGCACAAAGUAAUCGGGCACCACGAGUUCCACAAACGGGAUCAACUCCACGGCAACGUAUGAAACGCCCUAUGCAACAAUCAAUGCAAGUACAACAAAACAAUUCUGCAAUAAAACAACGAAGAAUGGAUGUUUUAUUGCCAGAUAGGAAUGAAGAUGCAGAUUGUCAUGUCAUUGCGCAGCAGAAAAGAAAUGAUGGUUUACCUGUUAUACAAAAUGUUCAAGGUGCUACUACUCAACAGACAAGCAGAAAUGAUUCUACUAUACAUCUUACGGAUUCCAUAACUCUUAGUGUUAGACAACCAGGUUCCGCUCCAGCUCAAGUGCAGAACACAUCAGGUGCUAGCGGCAAGAAGUCUGAUGCAAAGGCUGUGGCUAAUGUACUGGCAGCCAGAGGUAUUACUGUUACUCCAGCAGCAAAUAAAAAUAAAUCAAGUGAACAAAACAAACAGCAGAUACCUCCUCAGCAACAGAGGACUACAUCUUCACAGCAGCCUUUAAAUGUUACAGCGCUCACUCUGAAUUCUGCUAUUUCUAUCAUACCAGCUAGUUCACAAAAACAACAAGAACAGGGUCAGUUUGCUGUUCCUCACAAUAAACAAAACAAAACAGCGGUGAAUGAAGUGGAAAGACCACCGAGACCUCCUACCGUCGAUUUAACGCAAGAUGGUCCACCACAAAUACCAGUAGUUAGACGUGGAAGACCUCCACGAGCAUUGCUUACUUGUCAAGUAUGUGAUAAAAAUUUCCAGAAUCAGGAAAUGUUAACUCAACAUAUGGCUACCCAUCGUGCACCAAGUAAAUUACUUCACAAGUGUAAUCUUUGCCCUGCCCAAUAUCCAACAGUUCAAGCGUUAACAACGCACAAACAAGCGUAUCAUAAAGAAGUUGACACCGUAGCACAAAAUGGUGGUGCAGAAUUAGCAUUGCCAGUUGUAGAUUUGAAAUCCCCUCAUGUGUUGAAUCGUUUAUCAAAUCUUGGUAUACAAAGUUAUAUUCCGCUGUCGCAGCUUAGUGCUCAAACGGGUGGAUAUUUUGGAUUACCUAUAAUUACAAUAGACGGUGCACGAAAUCCUAAUACUUGUAAUUUAGGUGCGCUUGGUGCUACAUCUAUUCUAAGUCUGGGCCCUCUAAAGCAUUUGUCAAACAGGUAACUGUGGACAAUUUUACAUUUGUCCUAUGUUCUUAUAAAUAUCAUUAUAUUGUCUAUUUAUUAUAAAAAGCCUUUAUUUUCUUUGUUUUCUAGAUAGAUCAGGUAACAUAAAUUCAAUCUGUUUAAUAAUUUUACAUAACCAAUUAUUUCAAUGCUUUUUUAAUUUUUUUUUCUUUUAUCAUUUUUUAUUUUUCUGUUUUAUUUACAUAAUUAUCCUUAGUUUAUAUAAUCCUAAAGCAAUACAGUAUUUGUAACGAGAGUUGGAGAAAUAUUCGUGUUAAUUUAGAACGUAGAACAAGAUUUGAAAUACACAAUCAUUAUGUGAAGAUAGAAUUGAUGAUAUGUAUGUCAUAUAGUAAAUAUAUCAUUAUGAAAAAGUUGCGGGAUUCAAAUUGCGCAUAAAUCAUUGCCACUAUUAGUAUAUUUUUUUUAAUAAAGACAUA